CAUAUGGAAUGUAAACGUUCCAAUCAGCAAUCAGCGUAGUGCGAAAAACUGUGUUGCAAUAAAAUAAAGAAAAUAACAUUGCAAUCAAUUUUCAUGCCUUUGCGGUAGAGAUAAGCUAAUGCGCAUUUAAGUCCAGCAAGCAGCGAGGUUGAAUCGGAGCCAUUGUUUGUUCAUAUGGUCAGUUUGGGCCCAACUUUCAACUCAAUUAGGGCAGAAAUCUGUAUGAGCUUUCUGCAAGGUGCUCAAUAUAUGAAUAUGGGCGAUCAUCGUGCAACAACAAUGACAAGCGGCGCUAUCACCGGUGUAGGUGCUGGUAGUUUGGGAAGCGAUACACAGGAACUGAUCGAUCCAGUUUUGAGUUCCAAUUCAGAUGGAUCCUUUAAAGCACUGAAAACAAUACCGGCUUUUAGCAUUCACUUGCUGAUUUCAGCAAUAAUCUCGUUUGUUGGGAUUCUGCUGGCUGCUGUUUGGCCGGAGGACAAACGUUGUGAAGCGUAUUUUAUUAUGCUAUACUUACGUGCAACGUUUUGGGUGAUAACUUUUCUAUUCGAUCAUCUCAUCAAAAAGCAUCACGAUGAUUUACGCAUGAAUGGUUAUCACGAAUUCCAUCGGGCUACCGCCAUGCAAAAGGGUAUACCAUUGACUGUGGUAUCACUAUGGAAUUCCAUGAUACUGGCUGUGCAGGCUGGCAUACAUCACUAUUACGGUGUAAAUUUUUGGGAACAUUGCGCAGAAGGUUUUCUUUCGCCCGUCUCUUAUAUUGCAGGCUUCAAUAUGUUAGAGACAAUAGUUUUGAGUUCAACACAUGGUUGCUAUAUUUCUAAAGUGCGUAAAUUUAAUAAGGCAUCACCACCACCAGAUGCGCUGCGUGGUGGCAAUAAUGCGUCCGGUUCGUUGGGAUUGAUGCAACCUGGCGGUAAUACAGCUGAACUUUUGGAGAAGCAGGCUGAUCUUAUUGCUUACCUAAAGGAUCAUAACCAAAAACUCAAUCAGAAAUUGCACCAAAUGCAGCUAACUGCGCGCACCGUGAAUUUAACACAUUAAAACAUACAUUUGAAGGAUAUAAAAAUACUUAGCGACUCUUAUA